AAGUGAGCGAUCGGUUCUUAACAGGUAGCGUGUUGUACUGGUUACAUAAUGUUAGGGCAAACUGUCUGAUGUAAUAGUUAAAGAUAACGAUGAAAUUAUAAUAGCAAUUGGAUAACAUAAAGAAUCUAUCGUACAGUUAUCGGUGCCUGCAUUCCGCCAAGCAUCUUUUGGCUUCGAUGCAGAAAUCUAAGGACCCUAACAGCAGAAUGGAACAACUCGAAUUUUCAAAUCUUCAAAGCUGCGAAAGCAACAAUUCGAUAUUCGUGAAAUGCGACAAAGAGGGUAACGAUGGGGUGUAAAUAACGGUGGAAUCUAUACAGUAAUACGUACAAACGUGUGUGAUUUUUGUUAGACAUUAUUCUUGAAACUGGACAGAAUUUUCCGGUAGAUCCAGUAAAAUGCACAGUUUUACCGACCGCCAUAAAUUACCUUCGCCAGUUGGCCGUAAGGUGGCGAUAGGUGUCACUUACUUGGAAAGAGAGGAGGAGAAGAGAACGGCGAACGACAGAGAUAGUUGAAAUAAGUUGACCCGUGUCUCCGCGGUCGAGCGCGCUCGUUCUGCUCGAAACGUCCAAGCACGAAAACGUUCGUCGUAAAUUGAGUUACGUCUCGUUGUACGGCUCGAACGGUUGCAUCGUAUAUAGUACCGUGUGUGUAUAUAUAUAUGUGUGUGUCAAUGGUUCGUUAUUAACGGUGCAGUGCGGCCUGAUACACCAGAAGAUAAAUUAUGAUGGUCUGAUCGCAGUUCCAACAUGACUGUGGAUUUCGCCGACUACUUUUGGGGCGAAAAGAAUAAUGGAUUUGACGUGCUAUAUCAUAACAUGAAGCAUGGUGUAGUCGCAAGUAAGGAGUUGGCUGACUUUUUAAAAGAGCAAUCGGCCAUAGAAGAAAACAAUUAUAAACUUCUAACUAAGGUAGCCAAACAAGUUGGCAAUACCAGUAGCACCCAAGGAACAUUUGCACCUGUUUGGGCUGCUCUGAGAGGUGCAGCAGAAAAACUUGCAGGCCUGCACCUGCAGAUGGCCCAGAAGGUCACAGAACUGAUAAAGGAUGUAUCAAAAUAUGCAGACGAAUUACAUAAAAAACAUAAGGCUGUAAAAGAGGAGGAGUCAUCUACUUUGGAAGUUGUGCAAAGUAUACAAAGCAUUACUGUGACCUUACAAAAGGCAAAAGAUAUGCGUAUGCAAAAGGGUCUGGAACUUGAAAAAUUAAAGAAGGACAAUGCCAGUCAAAAAGAGUUAGAAAAAGCAGAAAUUAAGUUCAAGAAAGCACAGGAUGAUUAUAAAAUUUUGGUAGACAAAUACAUGGUUAUUAGGAACGAUUUUAAAACCAAAAUGACUCAGGCUUGCAGGAGAUUCCAGGAUGUGGAGGAGACACAUCUGAAACACAUGAAGGAGUUUUUAACUAUCUAUGCAGAUGUCUUGCAGACUAAUCAUGAACAAGUUGGUCAGGUCCAUAUCGACUUUAAACGUCAGUGUCUGGACAUGACAGUGGAUAAGUUGCUGGAACAGUUUGUGCAAAGCAAAUAUACAGGUUUUGAGAAGCCAGAUAUAAUCGAAUACGAAGAAGUCAUGACAAAUUUAGGAGACAUGACCACUCAUUCUCAAUCAGAUGGUAAUGUUGAGACACCUAAGGAAACAUCGAAAGGAGCCAAUGGAGAAACAGGAGUUGCUGGUAACACUCACAGUUCAAAAAAAGAUCAGGGAUUAAAAGGGGGGGGUAAUCAGGUGGAUGAGGAAAAGGGGAGGGUACAAGAAAAAGAAAAUGAAAGACUGAAUGAAAGGGAUAGAGAACUGUCACAUGCACAAGCCACCAAGGCUUCCCGCCGUACUACCUCGCUACUCAACCUGUUCAUGUCCAACUCCCAGGACAAACAGAAGCAAGCAGGGUCUGGUUCGGCACCUGCAACUCCUCAGGGGAACAACCUGCCUCCUGCUGUUCCACCUCCCAGCAUCUCCAGGAACCCUCUCAGAGGAUCUAAAUUGGUAACGCGUAUUAUGGUUCCUCCACUCUGCACUCUUUUAGAUCAGCAGUGGUUCCUUCGCAGUAGGAGAGAAAAGCGGAAGGGCAAGAAAGCAAAAAAGAAGAAGGAUGCCGUGGAGACGAGCAGCAACAAAGAAGAAAAGUCUGACCUGGAGGACAAGGAGGACAGCAGAAAGUCGGAGACACCGACACCGGAAGUCGACGAGGAUGGAUUCUGUAUUAGACCGAAAUCAGACCCAUGGGAAAAUGAGAAAGGAUUCUAUUCCAGCUCGGAUACAGACUCUGAGGAUGAGAGGGAGAGGAAAAUCAGGGUAGAAAUAAAACCGCUUAGCAAUGGCGGGGCUCCAAUGAGCGCCAGUGUCGACGAGCUGAGGGCAACUGUGGAGAAUUUAUCAUUGUCGCCUGCGCCGACGGGACGUAGAGGAUCGAAUACCGACUCAGAUCACCAUAUGAAAAGGUCUCAGUCAGUGUCACAACAAUUAGGAGGUAAGCCAAGCUCAGAUUUACUUGGCCUAAACUUGUUCAAUCCCAGCAGUACGCCAUCGAGCGCCUCUACGCCAACCGGCAGUCAUCCGUACGCGCCAUUGCAAAGCCCUCCGCCACUGUCAUCGUCACCGACGCCGCAACCGCAGCCGCCGCAAUCCGCACCACCCACGCACUCUCAUUCACGGUUCCCCGAUGGUGACCUGUUCUCGGAAGUGGGAGACAUCACUCCGGCAUUACCCCCUAAGCAAUCCGCUUCUUCCACUCCAACUGGAUCUAUUAUCAUUCCCAGACCACCGUCUCGAAGAGGGGAGGGUCCCUCUCCUCGAGGUAGGAUGUCGCCAGCGACGAUAUCCAGAGCGGAUAGCGUGGCCAGCUUGGAGUUUCGCACAGCUGGUGUCGGUGUCGGCUCCUCUAGGGGACCCUCUCCAUUGACAAUCGGAUUAGCGGAUACUAUUCCUCUGGCGGUAGCCUUCCACGAGAUAGUACACUCUUAUUUUCGGGGUACCGACGAGACAAGAUGCCAGGUGAAGCUCAGCGGCGAUAUGAUGCUGUCGUUUCCCGCCGGCAUCGUUACCGUGCUAGCAAACAAUCCCAGCCCCGCGAAGCUCACCUUUCGCGUGAGGAACAGUAACAGAUUGGAAAAAUUAUUUCCUAAUAAUCAGUUGGUCAGCAUGGACGCCACGCAGACGACCGUCGACAGUACAAUUUUCGAAUUCAACAUGAGUGCCUUAACUACAUUGUUACGUAAACAGGCUGAACAAAAUCCCUCGGCUUCCUAUUUUAACGUUGACAUACUCAAGUAUCAAAUAAAAUGCAAGGAAGGCGCGGGCUCAUGUCCUUUCCAGUUGGUAGCAUACUGGAAGUGCGAGACGACGCACACAGAUCUCAAGAUCGACUACAAAUACAACAGCCGUGCUAUGGCUUCACCGAGUCCUCUACUAAAUCUCCACGUGGCAGCGCCCAUAGACGGAGAAUUCAAAUCCUUGAACAGCAAGCCCCAAGCUCAAUGGCUGCCAGAGACGAACAGAGUACUGUGGAAGUUUACCGAGCUAUCUCAGUAUAGCGAGGGUCACGGCGUGGGCUCCUUGAAGGCGAGGGUCGAACUCGAAGACGGUCCGGGGAACCAAGGAACGAUAUUCACUCAGUUCAAUUGCGAAGGGACCACAUUGUCCGGCGUUGAGUUCGAACUUUUGGGCCCGGGCUAUAGAUUAAGUUUAGUCAAGCGCAGAUUCGUUUCCGGGAAGUACAUAUGCGAUGGAGAUUCCGACCCAAGAACCAGAUACGCCGCGCCCCCAUCGAACGUAGAUUGACGACUUCCAGAAUGGGCGCCUCAGUGGGAGAGUCAGCCCAUUUAAUAUUGGUACAUGUUUGUUCAUUCACUGCCCAUACUGCGACUAAUGUCCGUUCGAACACGAGAACGUCGUGGGAAAGCCUGUUGGAUACCAAAGAACGAUGUGCGACACGAUUUGGAUUGCGGUCUACUAGGCAAAUUGUACAAAAUCCGCGGACGUUGAAUAGAGCUAGUAGAAUGUUGAUUCGAAUGAAUUUCGUGUGAAUAAAUGGCCGAAGAAUCCAGAUAGAUCCUAUCGGAUCCUUCGGCCGUUGAGGAGCCAUGAAUUCACGAUUUAGAGUCGUGAUUCAGAAAACUCAAACGGAGAUACUCGAAAACGCAGUCGGACUUUAACAAGUCACUCGCUACCUGAAUGAAAACGGCGUUCAUGAUAUGUGUUUUAUAUCUUGUAUAUUUUUCAAUUUUCUAUAAUAUGUCCUCGAUUAGAUUGUACUAUUUUUAGUAAACGUUUGUAUAACGAGGUUCAUACCGAGGAGGAUGACGGUCGGAUUCGUUCUGGGGGUGGAACCGUCGGGGAGCAAGGUCGGCUGUUCGCAUAGAGCCUUUGGUGUCCAGCAUAAUUUUCGCCACGGUAUACUCUCGCCAUAUUAUUGUGUCUAUAAUAAUCAAAAUACGUUACGCCUUUUUUUACGUGAACAAGAAAACGAAGAAAUUAAGUAAAGAAAGAUGGAGAUGGAUGGACUCUCUUUCUUUCUGUCUCUCUCAUUUUCUAACUCUCUCUCUCUAUCUAUCUAUCUAUCUAUCUGAAAGAAACCAUCAAACAGUACAACGUCUUAAAUCUAUUGUUAUACAUUGUGUUACUUUAAUAUAGCUACCGUAUUAGUAUCGUUAAGAGAAAGAGAACCAUGAAAGAUCUGUACACGCCAAUUUCGAUUACUUCUCUGUAAAUUUAGCAUUUAUAUUUUACACGAGGUCAGCCGGUCCUCUAUGUGUAUAGACGUGCGAGAGCGUGUGCAGAAAUUGAUUAUCGAACAAAGCAUAAAACGUUUCGCGAUUAAUUCGUUGAUAGAUCACGUUAAGCAGCGGUCUUUGCGUAUACCGAUUGUAACAUAAAACGCGUAGAUUCCGCUUCGCUCCGAAAUUGGAAAGUCAUAGUUAAAGAAUUAGAUGCGGAGACGAAUUCAACGGCGGCAAAAUUGUUCUUCGACGAGAGGAGAAAGCUACGCUGUCCCGCGGGAAGCGUGAACGCUUUAGUGUUGCAACGAUCAAAGCUGUUAGGAUCGCUAUCUAUAGCAUCGCGAAGUCUUCUAAUCGUCGCUCGAUUUCGGCGAUCGGUUCGUCUGUUUCAUGGUCGCGAAUCUAUCCAGUAUUUCUCGGUACACUUAAAAAAAAAACGUAGAGUAACUUUUUCCCCGGAGCCGUUCGCGCUCGGGCUCACCAUUUAACAAUUCUACUGAAAUUUCAAAGGAUGUUGACCCAGUCUUCUGAAAAGCCCAUUCUUCGAACACAGGAAUUAAGAUCAUCUCGCCAUUGAGUUUCUUUUCUGCCACUGUUAUACGUUCAUAAUAUUCUCCGUCUGUAAUUGCAACUGUCUAUGAAUCGAACGCUAGAAUCAGGCCAUUUCGUUCAAAUUACAUGUGCAUACAUACCGACUCGUGCGUGUAUAUGUAUAUGUGUAUAUAAGGCGAAGUAAUAACUCUAUAAGAAUAAGUCUGAAGAACGAAACUCGAUGAUUAUUAUUAUUACUGUUAUUAUUAUUAUUAUUAUUAUUAUAUGAUAGUCCAGCACAUAUGAUGCUUCCUUCAGCGCAGAUGUAGUGUAAUGGGCAACAAGUUAACGAACGCACCGUACAUAUUCGUGCAUAGUUCGAUCUGUGAUUCAUUUAUCAUUUUCAUUCUAAAAACAAAAAAAGACAAGUUGUUUCCAAAAAAAUGAAGCGUCGUUUAAUUUCGAUCACAUUCGAGAUUGUGCCUCAGAAUUGUCCAUCAGUAUUUUAAUAAAAAUAUUUGCGACUUCUCGUGUAAGGGUUUUACGAACAAUUUUAUUGUUACACAUCAUUUGUUUCUUGUUCUAGAAAGUUUUCUCUCGGCGAGCACACACACACGAUGUUUCCAUCCUCGAUCUGUACACGAGUACAUGCGGUACUUGUUGCGAGGUACUCGUUUACCUGGCUCUAAAAGUGCAUUAUGCUUCUUAAUUCUAACGAACCUAGGAGUGCUAACGAUUUCGGUUGGCCGUACAACAAAGUAACAUGAAUCUGCCGCGGUGUAUCUCGUGCGAAACACGAGCCUGUAACAUAAUCAUUUUACCAUUUUUAAGGUAACACAACCAUUGUCGUUCACCGUUCUGCGUCCACUGCUGUAUAUUUUACGGAACUUUACAUUCUCCCGCUUCGCUGUUGUUCUAAACUACAUUGUUUCUCGACAAGAGAACGAAAACGAAAUCCGAAGGUCUACGAAGAGCAAUAUUAAACGAAAAAACCGGUCAUCCGAAAACGCUGAUAGAAAGAUGAUCCACGGAAUUCAUUCUCCACUCGACGUUGCCAGUUGUUGUUUCAAUUUACACGAUCAACGGAAAACCGUUUAGCGGUUUAGACGCGCGUUUCGUUUCUUUGUGUAGCAAGCUAGCUCGAUUGAAUUUUUAUUCGCGAUAUCGUUGAUCGAUCAUAUCUCGGAGCAAAGAACGAGAUCCGUCGUUGAUAGAAGGUAACGGAGUGGCAAACGGACCUGUACGCUGCCGUCUAGAACUAUCCGGACAUUGUCGAUAUCGCUAAAACAUUAGUUUGUCUCUCUAUUGAGUAUUAUUGUAUUGAUUUAUACAUUGUCACUGAACCGUACAAGCAAAAUUUAUUAACGAUGUUGGUCAAAUUCUUGUAGGUAGUUAAAUUUAUCUACUAGUUCGACAUUUAUACUAAUUUAAUUAAUUCAAGGCAAAAUCAGUCAUGAACUGGUUUAAAAUUAGACACCUUUAUAACAAGUUUUGCUGGAUGUCCGGAUAUUGAUGAGCGGUAGCACAUGCGGAUAUAUAUGUAUAUAUUUAUUUAUAUUUAUAUUGUGAUUUAUAUAAAUAUAGAUAAAUAUGUAUAACGAUACGACUAACAUGGGGUGGUUCCUGGCAGAAAAAAAUCGACUGAGCUCUCCUGUGAUACGCAGAUGUCACUAUAAUUUCGUAAUAAAUGUUUGUAACGAAACAUAAAUAAAGUUAAUGGGUCGCGUACACUUUUCUUCCCGACUGAUCCCGCGAUGAUCACGACGCGAGAAAAUGGCACUCCUCGAUGACUAAAAAAACCGUGGUUUUAAAUUUAACGAUUAGGGGAAUACGUUCUCGAUCCUUAUGCCGGUGGUACGCCGACAUAGGGAGCAAUUUAUGCGAUCCGCUUUUCGCGUGUACAAUUGCAAUAACGACGAGGAACCGACACGCUACAGGAGACAUCACACGUAUAAUAUACACAGGGUCUCCGAUUUUAAUUUGUAAGUGCGAAUUACCGAUUAAUUACCGGCUAUGUAAAAAAUGGUUCAGAUAGAAAAUGGUAAUUAACUUUGUAACUUAAUUAGCUAUGUAAGUAAACAUUGUAGAGGUCUCGCAAAGAUGACACGUUUCCUCAAAUGGAAUCUAUAAAAUUGUACUAAGCAUAGUGAGAAAUCAUUCACUUGAAGCAUUUUUAAUAGAACAUGUAGUUUACCAGUAAUUCGCAUUUAUAAAUUAAAAUCGAACGCCCUGUAUAUGUAUACAUAUAUAUGUAUAUAUAUAUGACUCUUAUACAUAGUAUAAAUACGCCGAGGAGAAUAAAUUAAUUACAGUAUACAUGUUACACGAUACAUAGGAUGGUUAUGUAAACCUGUUGACAUGUAAUGUCUAUGUUCUAAUAAAGAUUAGGAUAUUUUAUAUAAA